AUGUCCGAUAUAGAACUCAAAGACUUAUCAACCACCUCGUCAUUAUCCGAUCUGGAAGUUGAGUUGAAAAGGUUGCAAGACAACCAUAAAGAGCUCAAUGAUCUGAUGAUAUCUCAAAACCAAAGCGGUUCAGAUGUCGAUGAUGAAACGGCACAGGUCACGAGAUUAUCAUGGGUUGCUAUCGGAAGACAAAUCGCUCAAGUUAGAACAAAAAUUAAUUCGCAAAAUGCGAAUUCGUCCUCAAGUUAA